AUGGCUACUUGCAUUGUCCUUACACUAUCGAUAAUAUGGGUUCAAUUCGUAAAUGAAUCUGAUACAUUGGUUCAAGAAGCCAUAGAAAAUGUUGGAAAAGAUUUAAGAUACGUCGAUGUCUAUAGGACAGCUGACAAACUGUCAGAAAACCUUAAGUACAUGCUGAUUUGGUCUGGAGCAGAAAACGCCCCUUUAUCAUACUUUGGCACUGGCCAGAGGAGAUUUAUUGAGAAAAAUUGUACCAAUAUAAAUUGUUACGUCACAACAGAUAGGAGUUUCUUCAAUGGGGAUACAACGAAAUUUGACGCGAUCGCCUUUGAUGGUCGUACUAUUGCAAAGAUGAUGAAGUCUCAACUUCCAAAACGUCGAUCACAACAUCAAAAGUUUAUUUACUUCAAUAUGGAGUCGGCUGAUAAUUAUCCUUUAUGUUCAGCUUAUUUUGAUGAUUUCUUUAACUGGACAGCAACGUAUAGAUUGGAUUCAGACAUACCACUUCCUUACAUUCAAAUAAGAGAUAAAAAUGGAAAAGUCGUUGGACCUAAAAAAGAUAUGAAGUGGGAAGAUAUGGGUUUUUUUAAAGAUGAAGAAUUGGAAUUGCUGAAACAGAACAAAACCAAAGCUGUUGCCUGGUUCGUUUCAAAUUGCGAAACUAGAAGUAGUAGAGAAAAGUAUGCCUUUAAAUUGAAAAACGCUUUGUAUUCAUUCGGUUUUUCUGUGGACAUAUAUGGUAAAUGUGGUCCUUUUAAGUGUCCAAGACAUAAGGAGAACACGUGUUUUUCACUUUUGGAAAGAGAUUAUGCUUUUUAUCUGUCUUUCGAAAACUCAUUUGCAGAAGAUUACGUAACGGAAAAGAUACUUACUGCUUUACAACAUAAAGCUGUACCAAUUGUGCGAGGUGGUGCUAAUUACUCCAGAUUUCUACCUCCCGGAUCUUACUUCGAUGCUAGUAAACUAACUCCGUAUGUUAUGGCUUCCAAGAUUGUUCACGUCAUGACGAAUACAAAAUACUACAGUGAGUUCUUCAGAUGGUGGUCACAUUACAGUUAUAGAGACCCGUCUCAAUCAGAUAAUAUUUGUGCACAACUUUUAGUGUUCCUGCACACGAUGCCGUCACCGCACCGUCGCCAUGCCGAUGCCGCGCAAUUACUCUGUAGAUACGAGUCGCCCGAAGCCCGCCACUGCGCCGCUCCUUCGCCGCCACCGCGCGCGUUCGCCUCCUUCCCUGCUGUUUGA